AAGUCAUAAAUUGCCAUCGUUUUUAAGUCCAGCAUAAGUUCGUAAUUUGAUUUUCUGGUGAAUAAAGUGUAUUUUUCAGCCAUUGAAGUUGCCUCAUAGCUCAACUUCAAAACCCCCCCUUCCUCUUUCCCGUUGCGAAAUGGUAUCAUCAGUUUUCUCAGCGUCCCCGAGUUUCUCUAUCGCUUUUCGUACCAGAGCAUCUUCCGUUCCAUUGUUUCCUCACAGAAGUUCAACCAAGUCAGUAGUUUCCGCCUUGGGAGAUCCAUACAAUGUUGCUUCUAGAACUGGAUUAUCCAGAAGAAAUUGCAGGUUACCAUUAAAGCUUGAGGAGCAGGAUCGCCAUGCUAGAAAUUUGAGCUAUGGUACAAUAGAAGCCAAAGGAGCGAAUCCUCCAAUUAUGCCAGCUGUUAUAACGCCUGGAGGGCCUUUGGAUCUUUCAUCUGUGUUAUUCAGGAAUCGCAUAAUCUUUAUUGGGCAACCAAUCAACUCACAAGUGGCUCAGCGGGUUAUAUCACAGCUUGUAACUCUGGCAACCAUUGAUGAAAAUGCAGAUAUUCUGGUUUAUCUGAAUUGCCCUGGAGGAAGCACCUAUUCUGUGUUGGCAAUUUAUGAUUGCAUGUCUUGGAUAAAGCCUAAGGUUGGCACCAUAUGUUUUGGAGUAGCUGCAAGUCAAGGAGCACUUCUUCUUGCUGGUGGUGAAAAGGGAAUGCGUUAUGCAAUGCCAAAUGCGCGUAUUAUGAUACAUCAACCACAGAGUGGAUGUGGGGGCCAUGUGGAAGAUGUGAAGCGCCAGGUGAAUGAAGCAGUUCAAUCUCGGCAUAAAAUUGACAAAAUGUAUGCUGCUUUUACUGGCCAACCUGUGGAGAAAGUGCAACAAUACACAGAAAGGGACCGCUUCCUGUCUGUUUCUGAGGCUAUUGAAUUUGGUCUCAUAGAUGGAGCGUUGGAAACAGAAUACUGAAUUCAAAACAUUCACAGGAGAUUUGAAGAUACCAUUCUCUUACAUCCUUCAUUAUCCAAACAUGUAAUGUUACACAAAAAUGUUUUGGCAGGUGGCCUCCAUUUGUAUGCUAGUUAUUUUGUGGUCACCAUUGUAGAUUUUUUUUUUUUUUUUGAAAGUUGUUUUCCUUUUUGUAAUGUUGUGGACGAUGUUAGAAACUUGGUGGCUCAAUUUCUGGUAAAUUUGGCGGAGUAUAAAAUGUGAAUUUUUUUUUUCUCUUUU